AUGCUUGAGAACAUGCGGGGACGUACCAGAGAUCGCCGGCGAGUGCCAUCUGGCUCCAAGGCAGAGCGAGCAGAUGAAUCAAGCACGCUGAGGGGCCGAUCUCGCCAUCGCGCCUCCUCGCCUAUGGGCUCCUACUCGCGAAACCCGUCGCCUUCAUUGAAAUCCCCCAACCGCCAUCUGUUCCUCCUCAACCGAGUCCGCGAUAGCCGACGGGAGCACUGCCCAUCCAGAGUCCCAUCUCGGUCUGAUAGGACGGCAUCUCUUCGGCGGGGACAGAGAACACGAAGCUGCAGCCGAGGCCCACAAGCCCGCCGAGCUGUGGACCAUCCAUCCAGCCUGAGGAACGAGGUCCUGGCUGAGGAUGCCCAGAAACUCGAAUCCGCAGAACAGACUUGA